ACGUUCAAACACAUAACUCACUUUCAAGAGCCACAGCAGGCUGGCCACAACAUUCACAUCCUAAACCGCGAAGCUCUCUUUUCUGCAUUUUAUCUGAUUAAUCAUCGGCCAUGUACACGAUCCCUCAAGAACUUAUCGAUCUAUCUGUUGACUUCUUGCACGAUGACGCUCAGGCUCUCAUACGAUGCUGUCUUGCCGCCAAGGCCUGCCUAGGUCGUGCUCGAUAUCAUCUCUUCCGUGAUGUGCAGCUUGUAUUCAACCCGUAUCGAAGUGCAGCAGACGACACCGUGCUACGGAACUUCUCUUCCCUCCUACAAGUUCGUUCGUCUCUACCGCCACUGGGUGCAAUCGUGCGCAAUCUCCAAAUUGAUGGACAGACCGUCUGCAAACCUUACCGUCCUGCUAUCGAGGUACAACACAUUAUAGAAAUCAUUUCUAGCCUUCCAAAUCUCGAGUAUGUUCUAUUCAAACGUGUAGUAUUGAAGAACUCCUCGCAAAUUGGUAUUCCUCCGACUUUGUUUUCUCUGGCAACACUUGCGUUCUGUGAAUUCGCUGCUCCCGCCUCUAUACAAGGCCAGAGUGAGCUAUUCAGCGCCUUUCUUUGCUGCUUUUCCCAAAUCCGCCAUCUUUAUAUUGAUUCUCCUAACUGGUCACGACAUCCAAGGGACGUCACCGCGCCGGUCUUACAACCUUCAAGUUCAAGGCCACUCCGCAUAGAAGAGUUCUCUAUAUUUCAUCGCUGGGAGUGCAUGCAAGUUGACCAGCUUCCCCCGGAUUUCCGACCCACUUCCAACAUCUUUCGCAAGAUCUUCCCAUUUUCCUCUUUGCGAUCCCUGUCCAUUUCAGUCGAAAAUGACAGUUUAGUGCACUUGAAGCGGAUAGCUGAGCUCUUGCAGGAGUGCGAACCAUCAUUGGAAGUGCUUACGCUCGAUGUUGUGGACAUCCGAUGGCGCAUAGAUCCUUACAGUCCGGAUGUCUGGUCUAUUUUUAAUUUGCCUUCACUCAGAAAGCUCCACACAUUAUCCAUCUGGCCCAGUCUCACCCUUCAUCCUGAGCACGUGGAAACCAACAUUCAGUAUUGGAGUACAAUAAUCGACUUACUUUCUUCACUCUCGUCAUGCCACCUCACUUCAAUUGAACUUACCGUCUCAGUUUGGCCUGAAGAUCAUUUUCUUGGGCCCGCCGUUACGGACGACCUCACUAUGCUAGAGCAGCUGCAAUGGGACAAGAUACGCAGUACUUUGCGGCUUUUAGUAUCCUCUGGGCUAGAGAAACUGGUGAUUUCUGUGUAUCUUCCGCGUGAAAUGCGAGAAGGGGAAGACAUGCUCGUUGAAGAAAAUGACACCUAUGUGCUGAACGCACUACGUUCCUUGAAAGUCCAAGUGUCGGUGUCGCACCAUUUUUCUGGCUGAAGUACACGAUCUUGUCUGCGUCCUAUCUUGAAAUAGGCUUGUAAUAUCACUACAUCGUAGCUUCCUUUUUUUUUUCUCAUGUUGAAUUAAUUUCCUUCAUAAUGACUCGUGUAAUCUAUUUUCCAACGAUAUCAGUCAAUUGUGUCUUCGGAAUAGCCUCAGGGAAUGCCAACUGCUUCAAACG